AUGAAAGAUAAACCAGAAGUAGAGCACCUAUCGCCAUACUCAUCGCAUAGUAUUCAUCAAAAUGAAGAUCCUGAUAGCAAUGACUUGUUCAAUGAAAAACCAGACCUAUCAUUAUCAUCAAUCAAACAUUACUUUGCUACUAGGAUACCCAACAUGCUAGACUUGCCAUUAUACCAUCAGAAUAGGAAAUGGUAUCAAGUUGUCAACCCGAUUCCCGGUUUAAAAGAAAUGACAGCAUUGGAUUGGAAUUUUUACUUUUUGGGGUUUCUUGCUUGGUCGUUGGAUUCGAUGGACUUUUUUUGUGUUUCGGUGUCAGCAUCUGAAAUCGCCGCUACAUUAGGUGUCAGUGUCACCGAUAUUACUUGGGGUGUUACUUUAGUAUUGAUGCUUCGAUCAGUAGGAGCUAUCAUAUUUGGUAUUGCUGCUGACAAGUUUGGUCGGAAAUGGUGUUAUAUAACGAUUUGCUCACUUUUCAUUGUUGUUGAAAUAGGUACGGGAUUUGUGCAGACGUACAGACAAUUUCUCGGAGUGAGGGCGGUGUUUGGUGUUUUAAUGGGGGCAAUGUAUCCCAUUGCCAUGGUGACCGCAAUUGAAGGACAACCUACUGUGGCAAGAUCGGUUUUAUCAGGAUUGUUUUUACCGGGUUACUCAUUCGGGUAUAUUUUGGCAAUGGUAUUUUAUCGCGCGUUUGCUGGUACCUACAAGACUGGCGAAGGUUGGAGAAGUUUAUUCUGGUUUAGUGCUGGAUUGAGUGUUUUGUUAAUCACUUGGAGGUUCAUGAUUCCUGAAUCCCCCGAUUUUAUCAAGUUGAAAGAAAAGAAAAGGCGCUACAAUGAAAAGAAUAAGGUGAAACACAAGCUAAUUGACACCAGUGUUUUACAAACGUUGAAAACUGAGUGGUUAUUGUUCAUUUACCUUAUAUUUUUAUACAGUGGGUGGAAUUUUACCACACAUGGAUCGCAAGAUUUGUACGUCACCAUGUUAACGAAGCAGUUUGGGGUUAGCUUGAACAUGAAGACAGUUAUUGUUGUUGUUAGUAAUCUUGGUGGUAUGAUUGGGGGUAUCCUUAUGGGCUCUGCAUCGGAAUUGUUUGGUCGACGUCUCACCGUUAUCAUUUGCAUGAUUUGGUGUGGUGCUUUCGUGUACCCUUCUUUCUUUAACGCUGAUCAAAACUGGUGGGCUUAUGUCUUGUUGAAUGGUGGUGUAAUGGGAGCUUGGGGUAUUUCAUCAGUAUACUUGUUGGAGGUGGUUAAUAAAGCCAACAGAGCAUUGAUUUCAGGUUUGGCUUAUCAAUUGGGUAAUUUGGUGAGUUCUGCCAGUGCUACAAUCGAGGCUCGUCUUGGAGAGAGGUUCCCGCUCGAAGGGAGAGCUGAUGGAAUAUAUGAUUACGGAAAGGUGAUGUGCAUCUUUUGUGGAGCUGUUUUUGGCUACAUGAUUAUAUGUGUCUUGGUGGGACCGGAAAAGUUUCACAAUAACUUGCAUGUUAGUGAUGAUGACGAGGUGCAGCUUGAAGAAGGAAGUAGUGAGGAUGAGAUGAAGUCUGAUAGAAAGGAGUAG